GGCGGCGAGCGUGUUUUUCGUAGCAAGUUUCCGGCUGUAACUUAAUUGUCCGUAAAAAUGGUUUCCCUAAACCCGCUGAGAAUUCUGAAGAAUGAAGCAGAGGAGGAGAAAGGGGAAAUCGCGCGCCUGUCCUCGUUCGUCGGCGCCAUCGCCAUCGGCGAGCUGGUGAAGAGCACGCUCGGGCCGAAAGGCAUGGACAAGAUCCUAGUCGCCCACGGGCGCAGUGCGGGCCAGAUCGAGGUGACGAACGACGGGGCAACGAUCCUGAAAGCGGUCGGGGUCGACAAUCCGGCGGCCAAAAUCCUCGUGGACAUGUCGCGCGUUCAGGACGACGAAGUAGGCGACGGGACCACAUCCGUCACGGUGCUGGCUGCCGAGUUGAUCCGCGAGGCCGAGAAGCUGGUGGAGCAAAAGCUUCACCCACAGACCAUCAUCGCCGGCUGGCGCCUGGCCGCGAACGUGGCCCGCGCCGAGCUGCAAUCGGCGGCCGCCGACAAUUCGGCCAACGCGGAGCGCUUCCGGGAGGAUCUGAUGAACAUUGCCCGCACGACGCUCAGCUCCAAGAUUCUGUCGCAGCACAAAGAGUACUUCGCCAAGCUAGCUGUGGACGCGGUCCUACGCCUGAAGGGCUCGGGCUCGCUAACGGCCAUUCAACGCAUCAAGAAACUGGGCGGCUGCCUGGAGGAGUCGUUCCUCGACGAUGGUUUCCUGCUCGACAAGAUGCCGGGUGUCCACCAGCCGCAGACGGUGAAGAACGCAAGAAUCCUGAUCGCCAACACGCCGAUGGACGCGGACAAGAUCAAGGUGUUCGGUUCGUCGAUCAAGGUGGACUCGAUGAGCAAGAUCGCCGAGCUGGAGGUGGCGGAGAAGGAGAAGAUGAAGGAGAAGGUCGACAAAAUCCUGGGACACAACAUCAACGUGUUCAUCAACCGGCAGCUGAUCUACAACUAUCCCGAGCAGCUGUUUGCCGACGCGGGCAUUAUGGCCAUUGAGCACGCCGAUUUCGAUGGUAUCGAGCGGCUGGCGCUGGUCACCGGUGGAGAGAUUGUGUCCACCUUCGAGAACCCGGAACUGGUGAAGCUCGGCAAGUGCGAUCUGAUCGAGCAGGUGAUGAUCGGUGAGGACACGCUGCUCCGGUUUUCCGGUGUGCCCCUCGGCGAAGCUUGCACGAUCGUAAUCCGCGGCGCGACGCAACAGAUCAUCGACGAAGCGGAACGAUCGCUGCACGAUGCCCUGUGCGUGCUGGCGGCGACGGUGAAGGAAUCGCGCAUCGUAUACGGUGGCGGAUGUUCCGAAACCCUGAUGGCUACGGCCGUGUUUAAGCUGGCCGCGGAAACUGCCGGUAAGGAGGCGAUGGCCAUUGAAUCAUUCGGACGCGCCCUGAUGCAGCUGCCAACGAUCAUCGCCGACAACGCGGGCUACGAUUCGGCCCAGCUCGUGUCGGAGCUGCGCGCUGGCCACUCGCAGGGCAAGGCAACGCUCGGCCUGGACAUGAACAAUGGCAAGGUGGGCUGCAUGAAGGAGUUGGGCAUCACAGAAUCGUUCGCCGUCAAGCGGCAGGUGCUGCUGUCGGCCGCCGAAGCCGCCGAGAUGAUUGUCCGCGUGGAUAACAUCCUGAAGAGUGCUCCGCGUCGUCGCGUCCCGGACCGUGGCUACUGCUAAGCUGGUUCUUUUACGCUAUUAAUUUGAGCUCAUUGCAUUUCCCUCCCAUCAUUUUGCGGUCGUUCCGUUUCUCUAUAUCCGAGUGUCUUCGGGUGCUCUCCUUCUUUAACUUCAUUCACGUCACUUUACUAACCGCCUUGUUUGCACCAUUGUAUUACCAAGAGGCGAUUCCACGGAGAGCAGAAAAGCAUCGCAUCUUAUGGCCUUUGCCUUUUGUCGUGGAGAGCGCGUAACAAUUAUAAUAAUGUCCUUGUGAAGGAUCUUUGGACCAUCGGUUGGUCGGGCAUUCGAUUGAAAACACAAAUAA